UCCAGCUGGAAAGGAACCAGUCCCAGUCCAGCCACAACCCGGGAGUGGGGAACCGGAGGCCACCCAGGCCUCUUGGAGUCCUGCAGUCCUCGGGGCCGAGGUCAGGGCCAGAGACCGGAGGGAGCGGGGGCGGAAAGGAAGGGGGGCAGGAUCAGAGAGGCGGGUGCACGGAGAGGAGACAGGCAAAGCAAGGGAGCCCAGAGACACCCAAAGAGAAGCAGGAGGCAGAGACGGGGACAGAGACGGAGAGAAACUAAGACACAGAUCCCAGAGGAAGAAGACCAAAGAAAGGGAUUGACUCAGCAGGGCAGAGACCGCAGUAGAGACAGAAGGGGAGAUUCUAGGACAGAACCCAAAAGGUGGCCUUAUCGGGGAAGCAGGGAGGUCACUCCAGGGAAGCUCCAGCUCUUCUCGCCCCCGACUGCUGCAGGGCUCAUGAAGGGAGACAAGCAUGAGGAGCCUGAGCCGGGCCCCGAACCUGCGGCCCCCCCGCCGUCCACGGACGAGGAGGAGCCCCUGCUGGAGUUCCACCACUCCUACCGGGAGCUCUUCCAGUUCUUCUGCAACAACACCACCAUCCACGGCGCGAUCCGCCUGGUGUGCUCGCAGCACAACCGCAUGAAGACGGCCUUCUGGGCUGUGCUCUGGCUCUGCACCUUCGGCAUGAUGUACUGGCAGUUCGGCCUGCUCUUCGGAGAGUACUUCAGCUACCCCGUCAGCCUCAACAUCAACCUCAACUCGGAGAAGCUCGUCUUCCCCGCCGUCACCGUCUGCACCCUCAAUCCCUACAGGUACACGGAAAUGAAAAAGGACCUGGAGGAGCUGGACCGCACCACAGAGCAGACGCUCUUCGACCUGUACAAGUACAACUCCUCCAACAGUCUCGUGGCCCACGCCCGCGGCCGCCGCGACCUGCGGGAGUCCCUGCCGCACCCCCUGCAGCGCCUGCCGGUCCCGGCUCCGCCCCACGCCGCCAGCAGAGUCCGCCGAUCCGACUCCAGCCUGAGUCACAGUAACCCGAAGGUGAACAGGAAGGACUGGAAGAUCGGCUUCCAACUGUGCAACCAGAACAACUCGGACUGCUUCUACCGGACGUACUCAUCAGGGGUGGAUGCAGUGAGGGAGUGGUACCGCUUCCACUACAUCAACAUUCUGUCCAGACGGCAGGACACUCCAAUGCUGGAGGAGGAAGCGCUGGGCAAAUUCAUCUUCGCCUGCCGCUUCAACCAGGUCUCCUGCAAUGAGGCGAAUUACUCCCACUUCCACCACCCGAUGUAUGGGAACUGCUACACUUUCAAUGACAAGAACAACUCCAACCUCUGGAUGUCCUUCAUGCCUGGGGUCAACAACGGUCUGUCCCUGAUGCUGCGGACGGAGCAGAAUGACUUCAUCCCGCUGCUGUCCACGGUGACCGGGGCCAGGGUGAUGGUGCACGGGCAGGAUGAGCCCGCCUUUAUGGACGACGGAGGCUUUAACCUGCGGCCUGGUAUGGAGACCUCCAUCAGCAUGAGUAAGGAAGCCGUGGACAGACUUGGGGGUGACUAUGGCGACUGCACCAAGAAUGGCAGCGAUGUCCCAGUGGAGAACCUUUACGGUACCAAGUACACGCAGCAGGUGUGUAUCCAUUCCUGCUUCCAGGUGAACAUGAUCAGGGAGUGUGGCUGUGCCUACAUCUUCUACCCGCAGCCCAGGGGUGUGGAGUUCUGUGACUACAGGAAGCAUAAUUCCUGGGGCUACUGCUACUAUAAGCUCCAGGACGCCUUCUCCUCAGACCGCCUGGGCUGUUUCACUAAGUGCCGGAAGCCAUGCAAUAUGACCACCUACAAGCUCUCUGCCGGUUACUCACGAUGGCCCUCGGUGACAUCCCAGGACUGGGUCUUCCAGAUGCUGUCCCUACAGAACAAUUACACCGUCAAGAACAAGAGAGAUGGGAUUGCCAAACUUAACAUCUUCUUCAAGGAGCUGAACUACAAAACCAACUCUGAGUCUCCCUCUGUCACGAUGGUCACCCUCCUGUCCAACCUGGGUAGCCAGUGGAGCCUGUGGUUCGGCUCCUCCGUGCUGUCUGUGGUGGAGAUGGCCGAGCUCAUCUUUGACCUCCUGGCCAUCACAUUCUUCAUGCUGCUCCGGAGGUUCCAAAGUCAAUACUGGUCUCCAGGCCGAGGGGGCAGGGGUGCCCAGGAGGUGGCCUCCACUCCACCUUCCUCCCUCCCCUCCCGUUUCUGCCCCCACCCCGCGUCUCCAUCCUCAUCCGCGGCGGGCCCUGCCACCUCCCUGGCCUUGUCAGCCCCUCCACCUGCCUAUGCCACCCUGGGCCCCCGCCUGGCUCCAUCAGGCUCCACGGAGGCCAGCUCGUCCGCCCACACUCCGGGGGAGCCCUGAGAGGGAAGGGCGGUGUCCCCUCCCCAUGGCAGGUGCUUCCCUCGGUGGGCGGGGACCAGCCUUGGCAGGAUUAGAGAAUGUUUGGGGCUGCCUCUCAGAGCUGCCCAGCUGCCUGUGCUGGGGGGCAGGGAAGCAGGCUGGAUAGGGGGCUGAGGAAAUUGUCUGGAGAACCAUGGCUAGCAUGGCCUCGGUUCCUGCCCUGUACCCGCUGGUCCUGCCUCGAGAACACUCCGGUUUCCCCACCCGAGUGCAGACAAGUCCUCUUUUCCCUUGGAUCAGCCAAGACAAACUUGGAUCUUUGACAAAGAACUUUCCUUGGAAACAACUGACAACCAGAACAAAACACAAACAAGGGCACACCAAGCCAUGCACGGUUUCCUCCUCAAAGAUGCCUGGAUUCAGCCCCAGAAUGGCCCUCCACGCUGCUUUCCAGGGACACAGACAUUUGCUCCUCUUCUUGAACUUGGGUGGGGAACCCCACCCAAAAGCCCCCUUGGUUGGUUGCUAGGCAAUUCCCUUUCCCUGACUCUCAGGGCAGGGGCUGGAACAGCUCAGUGUAGUAAAGACUCGGCCAUUCCCAGUCGGAGUCCCAGGACUCUUCCAGCCUCGCGACCCCAUGCCCCCACGGAGCCACACCCCAGCGCCUCUGCCCUGCAUCCCUGUCCUUUGGAACUCUGUGCAUCUGCUCAAGCUAUUUCCUUAGCCUGGAAGCUUCUCCCACCCUCUGCUGGAGAACUCCUACGCAUCCUUUAAACUCCAGCUCAGAUACCAUUACUUGUAUGCAGGCUUCUGCCCCGUCUUGCCUUGCCCAGGCGUGACCACUUCCCUACCCUGUGGACUCCCAUAGCACACCAUAACAUCCAUGGAAGUGCAGAGGCUGCAUUUUACUUUCCUGUUUGUUUGCGUCUGCGUCCCCAGCUAGACUGAGCUCGUUGUGGUCAGGAUUGAGUCUUGUUCAUUUAGGGAUCCUCAGGGUCUAGCCCAGUAUCCUGCUUGGAGCAAGUAGGCAGGUACUUAAUAAAUGUUGCUGCAUAAAGAA